AUGGCUCAGAAGAAGGGCGGCUGGCGGCGCCGCUGGCAGGCCGAGGCCCCCGCGGGAGAGGCCGACGAAGAGACGCCGCGUGAUGAUGGCUCCUCACUCUCUGCCCUGAGGCGCUUGGAGCGCAGCCAGUGGACAGACAAGAUUGAUGGACAGUUUGGGUUUGAAAGGAUGAAGGAACCUGCCGAGAGAACUGGCUGGUUGAUCAACAUGCACCCAACGGAGGUUUUGGAUGAGGAUAAACGCUUGGUCAGUGCUGUGGAUUAUUAUUUCAUCCAGGAGGAUGGGAGUAGGUUUAAGGUGGCAUUGCCGUAUAGGCCAUACUUCUAUAUUGCAACACGAAAGGGUUGUGACCGAGAAGUGUCAUCUUUCCUUUCCAAGAAGUUCCAAGGGAAAAUAGCAAAGCUUGACACUGUACCCAAAGAGGAUCUUGACUUGCCAAAUCAUCUGGUUGGCCUGAAGCGAAACUACAUCAAGCUCUCCUUCAAUUCAGUGGACGACCUAAUAAAAGUGCGCAGGGAGAUCUCACCUGCUGUGAAGAAGAACAGAGAACAGGACCUAGCAACAGACACCUACACCACCAUGCUAGCCAGUGCUCUGACAGGGAGCAAGCUGGCCAGUGAAGAGGAGAGACCCUCUAAGAAGACUACAGACCAGAUGGACAAUAUUCUCGACAUGCGGGAGUAUGACGUCCCGUACCAUAUCCGUCUGUCCAUCGAUCUGAAGAUCCAUGUGGCUCACUGGUACAACAUCCGCUAUCGGGGCAGCAGCUUUCCUCCUGAAAUCACCCGCCAAGAUGACCUGGUAGAGCGGCCAGAUCCUGUUGUUCUAGCUUUUGACAUUGAGACCACUAAACUCCCUUUAAAGUUUCCUGAUGCUGAAACGGACCAGAUAAUGAUGGUCUCCUACAUGAUUGAUGGCCAGGGUUACCUGAUCACAAACAGGGAGAUUGUUUCAGAGGACAUUGAAGACUUUGAGUUUACUCCCAAACCGGAGUAUGAGGGUCCCUUCUGCGUCUUUAAUGAACCAGAUGAGGCCCAUCUUAUCCAACGGUGGUUUGAGCAUGUUCAGGAGACCAAGCCCACCAUCAUGGUGACUUACAACGGAGACUUCUUUGACUGGCCCUUUGUGGAAGCCAGAGCGGCGGUUCACGGAAUGAACAUGAAGCAGGAGAUCGGGUUCCAAAAGGACAGCCAAGGGGAAUACAAAGCUUCUCAGUGCAUCCACAUGGAUUGUCUGAGGUGGGUCAAGAGAGACAGUUACCUGCCAGUGGGAAGCCACAACUUGAAAGCAGCAGCCAAAGCAAAGCUGGGCUAUGACCCUGUGGAGCUGGAUCCUGAAGAGAUGUGCCGGAUGGCUACUGAAGAACCUCAGACUCUAGCCACCUACUCAGUGUCUGAUGCUGUUGCUACCUAUUACAUGUACAUGAAGUACGUUCACCCUUUCAUCUUCGCCUUGUGCACCAUCAUCCCAAUGGAGCCUGAUGAGGUGCUGCGAAAGGGCUCCGGGACACUGUGCGAAGCACUGCUCAUGGUUCAGGCCUACCAUGCCAACAUCAUCUUCCCCAACAAGCAAGAGCAGGAGUUCAACAAGCUCACCAACGAUGGGCAUGUGCUGGACUCAGAGACGUAUGUUGGGGGCCACGUGGAGGCACUGGAAUCCGGGGUCUUCCGCAGUGACAUCCCCUGCCGCUUUAAGAUGAAUCCUGCUGCCUUUGACUUCCUGCUGCAGCGUGUAGAAAAGACGAUGCACCAUGCCAUUGAGGAAGAGGAAGGCAUACCCCUAGAUCAGGUUACCAACUUUCAGGAGGUUUGUGAUGAAAUCAAAGCCAAGCUGAAUUCCCUGAAGGACGUUCCCAACAGGAUCGAGUGUCCUCUCAUCUACCACCUGGACGUGGGGGCCAUGUAUCCCAACAUCAUCCUGACCAACAGACUGCAGCCAUCAGCAAUGGUGGAUGAGGCCACGUGUGCUGCCUGUGACUUCAACAAGCCAGGUGCUAAUUGUCAGCGGAGGAUGACCUGGCAGUGGAGAGGAGAAUUCAUGCCAGCAAGUCGCAGUGAGUACCACCGCAUCCAGCAACAACUGGAGUCGGAGAAGUUCCCUUCUCUCUUCCCUGAUGGACCACCCCGGGCAUUCCAUGAGCUGUCUCGAGAGGAGCAAGCCAAAUAUGAGAAGAAACGCUUAGCGGAUUACUGCCGCAAGGCCUACAAGAAAAUCCACGUGACCAAAGUGGAGGAGCGUGUCACCACCAUCUGCCAGCGGGAAAACUCCUUCUAUGUAGACACUGUGCGAGCUUUCAGGGACCGUCGCUAUGAGUUUAAGGGACUGCACAAGGUGUGGAAGAAGAAACUGGCCGCAGCCGUAGAGAUGGGUGAUGCCUCUGAAGUGAAGCGCUGCAAGAAUAUGGAGAUCUUGUAUGACUCCUUGCAGCUGGCACACAAGUGCAUUCUCAACUCCUUUUAUGGCUACGUCAUGCGCAAAGGGGCUCGGUGGUACUCCAUGGAAAUGGCUGGAAUUGUCUGCUUCACUGGUGCAAACAUCAUCACGCAAGCCAGAGAGCUGAUUGAGCAAAUUGGGAGGCCGCUGGAGCUGGACACUGAUGGGAUCUGGUGCGUCCUUCCAAACAGCUUCCCCGAAAACUUUGUUAUCAAGUCAGCCAAUGCCAAGAAGCCCAAAGUGACAAUCUCAUAUCCAGGUGCCAUGUUGAACAUUAUGGUGAAGGAAGGGUUUACAAAUGAUCAGUAUCAGGAGUUGGUGGACCCAGCCUCGCUCACGUACGUUACUCGUUCAGAGAACAGCAUUUUCUUCGAAGUGGACGGGCCGUAUCUGGCAAUGAUUCUGCCCGCCUCCAAGGAAGAGGGCAAGAAGCUGAAGAAAAGAUAUGCCGUGUUUAACGAAGACGGCUCCCUUGCUGAGCUGAAAGGGUUUGAGGUGAAGCGGCGUGGGGAGCUGCAGCUGGUUAAGAUCUUCCAGUCAUCCGUGUUUGAGGCUUUCUUGAAGGGCACCACCUUGGAGGAGGUCUAUGCAUCGGUUGCCAAAGUGGCUGACUAUUGGCUUGAUGUCCUUUACAGUAAGGCUGCCAGCAUGCCUGACUCAGAGCUGUUUGAACUGAUCUCUGAAAACCGAUCCAUGUCACGCAAACUGGAGGAUUACGGAGAGCAAAAAUCUACCUCUAUCAGCACAGCUAAGCGCCUGGCCGAGUUCCUGGGGGACCAGAUGGUGAAGGAUGCAGGCCUGAGCUGUCGGUUUAUUAUCUCUAAGAAACCAGAAGGCUCCCCCGUCACUGAGAGGGCCAUCCCACUGGCCAUCUUCCAGGCAGAGCUCUCAGUCCGAAGGCACUAUCUCCGGAAAUGGCUCAAGAGUCCUUCGCUGCAGGAUUUCGACAUCCGAACGAUCCUAGAUUGGGACUAUUACAUUGAGAGACUGGGCAGCACCAUCCAGAAAAUUAUCACCAUCCCAGCAGCACUGCAACAGGUGAAGAACCCAGUUCCUCGGGUCCGCCAUCCUGACUGGCUGCACAAGAAACUCUUGGAGAAGAAUGAUGUCUACAAACAGAAGAAAAUCAGUGAGCUAUUCACAAGUGAGGGCAAGAGACAGGUCACUGCCAACGUGCCACAGGAUGGCACCCAAUGCUCACAGGCUGCUGACAUGGAAGAUUUUGGGAUCGCCAAGUCUUUGCAACCAAGGGUUCCCCUGUCAAGCAAACGCAAGCGCAUCCCUACAGCUGAGGAGAGCCAGUUGCAAUCCCAGAAUCUUGAAUUAACCCAGUCCUGGAGGGAGAUUCUGGGCCCACCCCCACCCACUGGCACCACAAAGGCAAAGCGCCUGGUCUGGCUGCGGUACCACAAGAAGAAGUGGGAGCUUCAGGCUCGGCAGCGCCUUGAACGCCGGAAAAGGCGGCGAUUGGCAGACGGCAAGGCAAUCCUGGGUGGGGGGCUGAUCCGGGAUGGCCCCUCCAGAGGGCUAAGCAGCUACUUGCACAGGACGGCACGCAGCAUCUUGGACAUGCCGUGGCAGCUUGUGCAGGUUGCUGAGACCAGCCAGCCAGGCCUGUUCAAGCUGUGGGCUUUGAUUGGGAGUGACUUGCACUGCCUGAAGCUGAACAUCCCACGUAUGUUCUAUGUCAACCAGCGCAUCCCUAAACCAGAAGAGGGCCCUGUUUAUCGGAAGGUGAACAGAACGCUCCCUCGCUUGAACCUUGUCUGCAACUUGUACGAGUACUCUGUGCCUGAGGAUAUGUAUCAGGAGCACAUCAAUGAAAUAAAUGCCAGUCUCUCUGCCCCAGACAUUGAGGGUGUCUAUGAGACCCAGGUGCCAUUAAUGAUGCGAGCCUUGAUCCGCCUGGGCUGCGUGUGCAUGGUGAACCGGCAUCUAGUUAGGCAUCUCACCGGCCGGGAGACCGAGACCUUUGACCUGGAGCACCUGGAGAUGCGCUCUCUGGCCCAAUUCAGCUACCUUGAGCCAGGGACAAUCAAGCACAUCUACCUAUAUCACAACUCCCAAGGCAAGAAGGCACUCUUCGGCCUCUUCAUCCCCUCUCAACGCAAAGCGUCUGUCUUUGUGGUGGACACGGUACGGAGUAACCAGAUGCCAAACCUCACCAGUAUGUACUCAGCGGACCACCACGUUAUGGCAGAGAAGGUGGGCCAAGAGCUGCUUCCGCCAGAGAAGCACACUUUUGAAGUGCGGGCAGAGACGGAGCUCAAGACAGUCUACAGGGCGAUUCAGCGUCUUCUGCUGGGCUACAAGGAUGAGCGGAGGGGCCCCACCCUGAUUGCAGUGCAAUCAAACUGGGACUUGAAGAGGUUGGUGAAUGGGAUGCCUGUCUUUGAGGAGUUCCCGCUGGUUCCUGUCCAGGUAAUUGAUGACAUCAACUACGGAGUCCUGGACUGGCAGCGCCACGCUGCCAGACGCAUGAUCCGGCACUACCUCAACCUGGACACAUGCCUAUCUCAGGCCUUUGAAAUGAGCAGGUACUAUCACAUUCCUAUUGGGAACCUUCCUGAUGACAUCUCCACCUUUGGGACAGACCUGUUCUUCUCCCGCCACCUCCACCGCCACAACCAUCUUCUGUGGCUUUCUCCCACCUCCCGCCCAGAUCUGGGGGGCAAAGAGGCGGAUGACAGCCGCCUGGUCAUGGAGUUUGAUGAGAGGGUCUCCGUGGAGAUCAAUCACCCUGGCUGCUAUUCCACAGUGUGUGUGGAACUGGAUAUCCAGAGCCUCGCUGUCAACACCAUCUUGCAGUCCCACCACAUCAACGACAUGGAGGGGGCGUCCAGCAUGUGCAUCAGCUUUGAUGUGAUUCAGCAGGCAUCACUGGAGGACAUGGUCACGAGGAACCAGGCCAGCAUCCCAGCCAGCUAUGAUGAGACGGCUCUCUGUUCCCACACUUUCAGGAUCCUGAAGAGCAUGGUGGUAGGCUGGGUGAAGGAGAUCACACAGUACCACAACGUCUAUGCUGAUAACCAGGUGAUCCACUUCUACCGCUGGCUGCGCUCACCAAUGUCAUUCCUGUAUGACCCUGCAUUGCACCGCACACUGCACAACAUGAUGAAGAAGCUGUUCUUACAAUUGGUGGCAGAGUUCAAGCGCCUGGGCUCCUCUGUGGUUUAUGCCAACUUCAACCGCAUCAUCCUGUGCACCAAGAAACGCCGCAUUGAGGAUGCCCUUGCCUAUGUAGAGUACAUCACCAACAGCAUCCAUUCGAAGGAAAUCUUCCACUCCUUGACCAUUUCCUUCUCGCGCUGCUGGGAGUUCUUGCUCUGGAUGGACCCAGCCAACUAUGGUGGGAUCAAGGGCAAAGUGGCUUCCAGUGUCCACUGUGGGGAGAAGGAGACGGGCAAUAAGGAGGCAGCAGACGAGGAAAGCAGUGAAGGGGAGGAGGGGGAGGAUGAAGAAGGAGGAGCAGAAGAAGACGGUGUGGAAGAACAGCUAGAAAACAACUGGAACAUCAUGCAGUACUUGCCCCAGGCAGCCUCUUGUCAGAAUUACUUCCUCAUGAUUGUGUCUGCCUAUAUCGUUGCUGUGUACCAUAACAUGAAGGAGGAAAUGCGCCAUAAUGCCCCUGGGAACACUCCCAUCAAGAGACGGGCAAGCAGCCAGAUCUCCCAGGAGCCCAUGGGAGAGGCGGGUGCUAUGCCUGGCAUGAUCACCUUCUCACAGGAAUAUGUUGCCAAUGAACUCACCCAGAGCUUCUUCACCAUCACCCAGAAAAUCCAGAAGAAAGUGAGUGGUUCUCGCCGCACCACGGAACCUUCUGAGAUGUUUCCAGCCCUGCCUGGCUCGUACCUGAUGUUCAACAACCCAGCGCUGGAGUUCAUUAAAUGUGUCUGUCAGGUAUUGUCUCUGGACACUAACAUCACCAACCAGGUGAGCAAGCUGAAGCGGGACCUCCUUCGCUUAAUUGAAGUGGGCGAAUUCUCGGAAGAGGCCCAGUUUCGGGACCCCUGCCGCUCCUACGUUCUUUCAGAGGUGAUCUGCAGGAACUGCAACUUCUGCAGGGACUUGGACCUCUGCAAGGACCCAGCUCUCUCCCAGGAUGGCUCUGUUCUGCCCAACUGGGUGUGUUCCAACUGCCAAGCCCACUACGACUCUGACGCCAUAGAGAUGGCUCUGGUGGAAGCCUUGCAGAAGAAGCUGAUGGCCUUCACCCUUCAGGAUCUGGUGUGCCAAAAGUGCAAAGGCAUCAAGGACACCCACAUGCCCGUGUACUGCAGCUGCGCUGGGGAUUUCGACCUCCUCUUGCCUACCAAGACCUUUGUGGAGCACCUGAAGAUCUUCCAGAAUAUUGCCCAGCACUACAACAUGGCCUACUUGCUGGAAACCAUUAAAUGGCUACUACAAAUGAACCCUCAGUUUCUCUAA